AAGCGGCCGGACCUCAGCUACCCCGAGAUUCACAAUGGGUCGUGUUAUUCGCAACCAGAGAAAGGGCCGUGGCUCCAUCUUCACGGCCAACACGCGCCUGAACAAGGCCCCGGCCAAGUUCCGCACCCUCGAUUACGCCGAGCGCCAUGGCUACGUCCGCGGUAUCGUGAAGGACAUCAUCCACGACCCUGGUCGUGGUGCUCCUCUCGCCAAGGUCCAGUUCCGCCACCCCUACAAGUACAAGCAGGUCACCGAGACCUUCAUCGCCAACGAGGGCAUGUACACCGGCCAGUUCAUCUACGCCGGCAAGCGCGCUGCUCUGACCGUCGGCAACGUCCUGCCCGUCGGUGAGAUGCCCGAGGGUACCGUUGUCUCCAACGUCGAGGAGAAGAUUGGCGACCGUGGCACUCUGGGCCGCAACUCUGGUGGCUACAUCACCAUUGUCGGCCACAACCCCGACGAGGGCAAGACCCGUAUCAAGCUGCCCUCUGGCGCCAAGAAGGUCGUCCACUCCCGAUCCCGAGGAAUGAUCGGCAUCGUUGCCGGUGGUGGCCGAACUGACAAGCCUCUGUUGAAGGCUUCUCGUGCCAAGCACAAGUUCGCUGUCAAGCGUAACAGCUGGCCCAAGACUCGUGGUGUUGCCAUGAACCCCGUGGACCACCCUCACGGUGGUGGUAACCACCAGCACAUUGGUAAGGCCUCUACCAUCUCACGGUAUGCCGUGCAGGGACAGAAGGCCGGUCUCAUUGCCGCCAGAAGGACGGGUCUGCUCCGUGGUACUCAGAAGACGAAGGAGUAA